CCCGCCCCCUGUCUGUGAUUGGCCGCCCCUCUCAGUCAUGCUUCUCUUCCCCGAUGGCUCCGCGCCGAGCCGCCCGCAACCCCCGAACACCCGGCGGAGCUCCGAGAGCCCGAAUCCCGGGACUGCUGAUACUCGGGGCCGGGGUGCUGAUCGGAGCCGUCAUAUUGUUCUGGGAGAACCCGAGAGUAGGCGGAGCCAGGGAGGAGGAGGAGCCGAGAGUGAGACAGUUCCAGAUCCAGCCCAGUUCCCUCUCAUCCAAUCAGAUCGGUCAGCUGGUCUCCGGGAUCGAUGUUGAUCGUCUGUGGUCGUCCUUCAUCCGUCCGAUGCUGAUAGAGAGAAGUCCGGGGAGUCCCGGCAACCGGCGGGUCAGAGAGCUCAUCUCUGGUCACUUGCGCUCGCUGUCGGCGGGCUGGACGGUGGAUCUGGACGAGUUUGAUGCGGUGACCCCGCGGGGGGCGCUCUCCUUCGGGAACAUUGUAGCCACAUUGAAUCCCUCGGCCCCGCACCGCCUGGUCUUCGCCUGUCAUCUGGACUCCAAGUGGUUUCUCCCGGAUCGGAGGGGGCGGGACUUCGUCGGGGCCACAGACUCGGCGGUUCCCUGCGCUCUGAUCCUGGAGGCCGUCACUGCGCUCAACCACCGCCUGCAGGAGCACAAGAAGAAGGGCUCGGCGCUGACUCUGCAGCUCUUCUUCCUGGACGGCGAGGAAGCGUUCGGAGAAUGGUCAGCGAGCGAUUCGCUGUACGGGGCGCGCCACUUGGCGGGACGUCUAGAGAAGGAGCCAAUCCAGGGAGGAGGCGGGACUCAGCUGGACGCCAUUGAUCUCUUCGUUCUUCUGGAUUUGCUGGGAGCUCCGAAUCCUCUGAUCGUCAACCACUUCGAGGAGACCCGCAGUCACUUCCUGAGGCUCCACUCCCUGGAGAAACGAUUGCAUCGGCUGAAUCUCCUCCAGUCUCACCCUGCGGAGAAUUCCUAUUUUCAUCCUGAAUGGUAUUUUGGCGCAGUAGAAGACGACCAUAUUCCAUUUCUCCGGAAAGGUGUUCCUGUUCUUCACGUCAUCUCCACACCGUUCCCGGAGGUCUGGCACACUCACGAUGAUACGGAGGAGAAGCUUCACCGACCAACAGUCGCCAACCUGUGCCGGAUCUUCGUAGCUUUCCUCAGCGAGACCCUCGCCCUUUGACCCUGGCGCCAUAUUGGAUUUAAUGUUUACAGUAUAAUGGAGCCGGCGGAGACCUCCUGAGAUGAGCCUCCAUGUGAGGCCACAAUAGGUCAAUCUAGACACCCAUUGCCAAUCCAUAAUUCUGGUGGAAACUUCUACCCAACCCAAGUUUUAUCUCCCAAAAUUACAAAUGGAUAAAGCUUUGUCAGAAUGUUUUUAUUUAGAGGGAAUUGAGGGUUGUCUGAUCCGGAGCUGUCUGAGGAGACCUGGAGCUCAUGAGAAAUGUCCGUCUAUCUCUGUAUUAUAUCUCAUGUAGAGAUCCUUCGUAUGGGUGGACUGACCUAACCCUCGCUUCCUUCUGGGAUGGGGAUACUGUGAGCAACUCAGUACCUGGCUCUCCGGAUUCUCCAUCUCUCUGUGAUUGGCUCAGUACUGGGCUCUCCAGAU